AUGCGGUAUUUGGUCGAACUGGCUCAAUACUUGGCCUUUUUGGCCGCAGCUCUGCGAGGCGGCGGAGCGCGCUGGUACAAAUACGUGAUGAUCAAGCCCGACGGCGUGCAGCGCGGCCUGGUGGGGGACAUCAUCAGCCGCUUUGAGCGCAAGGGCUUCAAGCUGGUGGCGCUCAAGCUCUUCCAAUGCACUAAGGAGGUUGCGGAGGAGCACUACAAGGACCUGUCCAGCAAGCCCUUCUUCCCCGCCCUUGUCGAGUACAUCCUGUCGGGCCCGGUGGUGUGCAUGGUGUGGGAGGGCGAGGGCGUGGUCAAGUCUGCCCGCAAGCUGAUUGGCGCCACAAACCCGCUGGAGGCGGAGCCGGGCACCAUCCGUGGCGACUUUGCGGUAGGCCGCAACGUGGUGCACGGUAGCGACUCGACGGAGAAUGGGGAGCGCGAGACAGCCCUGUGGUUUGGCAAGGAUGCGCUCGUGGCCUGGGAGCCCGCCCUCAAGCCCUGGCUGCUCGAGUGA